CGCGGGCCAAAAGCGCCCCGCGAGAGGGACGAAUUAUGCGAACAUAACACAACACGGAGACCUGGAGCUAAACAUUAAUUGCAGCAACAGAAAUUGUUGUUCAUUACAUGUUUCCUAAUAGUGCAGUUAAUUAAAUGCAAACACAUUCAUAAUGUAGGCCACUACGUUGUAUUGGGAACAUUGGGAGUUGUCGUUAUUUAUUUCAAAUCGAGCUUGAUAUAGAUCUCUCUGAUACAUCCUAUCAUAACCUUUUAACCUGAAACUGUGACUACAACAUCAAGUAUUGUAAUCGAGUCUGGAGAGUUGGGCGUUGGUGAUGACUUGGCCCUAGGCUACUGGACGGGCUGAGUAGGUUGUGGCUUUAAGUGCCUGCUUUCACUUUCGUUCUCUUUGCUUAAGAUCCCGUUUUUGUUAAUGUCGUAAGAAUUUUGCGGGGAUUUACUUUUGAAUUCUAAACGCUCAUCUGAAUUUAUUGUGUGUCAGUUUUUUUUGGUUCCGUUACAUCCGAGCGCUCGGUACUUUCCGGAACCUUAUUUAGAGAAGUGCGUCAUCGACGUAAUGGAAGCAGUUUCCUACACUCCGAAAUUUUUCCUGCCUCUGCUCAUUCUGUGUUCACGCUCGUUUGUAGAACUUUAAUCUAACAUCUAUUUUUUUUCUUUCUUUUUUUUAUCUAAUCCGUUUUGCCCUCAUUUGCAAAUUAAUUGAUCGCUAAAUUGGCCUUCGGUGUCGUUCCUGUUUGUCAGACCUUUUCAACCAAACUCCAUGGCUCUUCAGGACAAGUUGCUGAAGAUCGAUCACAUAGCGGAGUCUCUAGACAGCAGCGAGCGCAGGAGACUCCUCUACCUCUGCGAGAGCCCCGAAACGGAUACCAGUGUGGCUUGUGUGAAGGAGGCACUGAGAUCUAUAGUGACCUCCCGCGAUAACAAUGGUCUGUUCCUGGCAGAGCUCGUCUACAGGUUGGAACGAUUUGAUAUCCUCAGGAAGCUUUUCAAAUUCAGCAGAGAAAACAUAGAAAGGGACCUGAAACACAAACAAGUUCUGUCAAGAUUCAGGGUAUUGAUGGCUGCCAUAAGCGAGGAGAUGAAUUCUGAUGAUGUGAACCGGAUAAAGUUCUUAUUGGGCAACACAAUAUCUCGAGAGAAUUUGGAAAACGUGAAGAAUUUCUUGGACGUCAUUGUGGAACUGGAGAAAAGGGAUUCCGUUUCUCCGGAGAGAGUCGACUUUGUGGAGAAAUGCUUGAGGGACAUUGACCGGAUUGACUUAGCCAAAAGAGUGGCAUCUUACAAGAUGUCAGCUGAAAUUCCUGGGCGCCAUUCAGCUCUACUGCCAAAUUGUAGAACUCAUCAAACAAGACAAGGACAGCCCCAUCGCAUUGCCAGAGUAAAUGCACCGUUGGUCACAAGCGCAGUGCAGAUCCCUGAGAGAUCGCUAGAAUUGUACAAAUUUAACACUAACCCAAGAGGAGUUUGCCUGAUCAUAGACUGUGUGGGUAACGAUGGAGAAAUGUUGGAGCAGACAUUUAAGGAUCUUCACUUCGACGUGAUCCUCCAAAAGUGGCUGACUGCUGACGAUACUCUUUCAGCUCUCAAAACCGUAAUCAGACACAGAGACAACUACCCAGGCGACAGCUUUGUCUGCUGCAUCAUAAGCCGCGGUACAGACGAUCAUCUCCUGGGUACGGACUUGUACGGCAGGGGUCUGCCCAUGGACAGUGUCAGGCGCCUCUUCACCGCGGAGCAAUGCCCCGUGAUGACCGGCAAGCCCAAGCUCUUCUUCAUCCAGCGGUACAGCGUUCAAGAUUUCCUGCCCUGCACCAGGAUGUACAACCAGGACGAAGGUAUCGAGACGGAUGGCUACGCCGGUCUGUCCGCGUGUAAUCACAUCCCUACAGAUGCGGACGUGUUCUGGAGCCACUGCUGGACGGAUGAGCGUCAGCUGGAGCAAGGAGACGGACACCGGUCUGUUUACCUGAAGGCUCUGACCGAUGCCCUACGCAAAGCACAAACGAGGAAAAGUAGUCUUCUCGAUGUUCAGAUGGAGGUGAAUGCGGCCGUCUAUGAACAUAACGGAAGGAAUCCCGGAGAAAACUACCACCUGGAUGUCAAACACACAUUCAGGAAGGGUCUUUUAUUAAAUUAGUAUGUAUCACCUUCGAAUAAUGGUAGUCACACUACAUGUAUAUCUAUAUAUUACACAUAUAUAGAGAGAGCUUAGACUAAUAGCAUUACUGCCCAAGUCAUUUUUUGAUUGUUAGUUUGCGUUUACUAGCUAAAGAUUGAGUUUUUUCUUGUUUUCUGAAAGCAUUCAAAUGUGACUUGGGCAAUUAUGCUAUUAGGCUAACGAUAUGUAUAUAUGCAAGAUACCUUGACUGUGAAAAACGUUUUACUGUGUAUACAGCGCCACCUGGUGGUGACAUGUUCAGAUGAAGUGAAACAAUUAUGUAUCUGGUUUGUUUUAAAACAUAUUUAUUUAAUAUUUCAGAAAAUAAUAUAGAAAGAGCGCAGUCUUUCUUUGUCAUGUAAUUUCGAAUUAUCUGACAAUGGACACAGAAACAUCACCUGAAGGAAAACAAUGGGCAGUGAAUAUGACAUAGAGCAGCUAAAGAUUGUAAGACAACACGAAAUUUAACCACUGCUUGUUUUUGUUAUUAGUAAUAUAAUCAUAAUAACUCAUGAAACAAACACUAAACUUGGUUUGCACAUCUAUCUGUCUGUCUAUCUGUCUGUCUGUCUGUCUGUCUAUCUGUCUGUCUGUCUUUUUAUUAUUACAUUUGAGGUUCAUAAAUGUGAUGACCGAUUUCCACUUCUAAAUAGAAUUAGUUAUUGUGAAGCGUUCAUAAAUCUAAUAUUGUAAUUAAUGUAAUUUAUAAAUUAUGUUAGCACACAUAAAAUAUUCAAAGUGUGUGUAGCUUCCAGGCGGUGCGAUGUUGUUAACUUUGUCGGGUGCUGAGAAAGAGUCACGGAGAAAUGUAAAAUAUGAGAUAAGCUAAUAGUGUCUUUUAACAGCCUCAUGUGCAUUUGACACAGGCACGUAUAAAGGUAGCUUGUGUUUAAUAUCUAGCCUUUAAUUUGUUUUAUAACAUGCCUUGUGACAUUUGAAUCAAGUUGAUAUUGAAACCGUGAGCUAGAUUCUGAUGUGGGUCACAUGACGCGGUGGAAAGUACCUAAGUGUUUUUUUAUUUAUUUAUUUUUUUUUAUAAUACCUUAUAUGUACAUCGAUAACAUUGUAAGGCAGAGUGGCUCUAGUUACUCUUAUGCGAUGGAUGAUAUAACUGAAAUCUUAAAAUUCAACACAUUUUAAGGAUUAAAACAGAUUUCCAUAAUUUUUCUUUUUUUUUCUUUUUUCUUUUUUUUUUUUUACAAAUAGUGCAAUGAAGGGUAGCAUUUAAAAUGACACAAGUUAUGACAAACUUACAAAACAGUGAUUUUUCCCUCUUCUUAAUCUUAACAGAAUCUGCAUCGGAGCUUAGUUAUCUGCACUCUCACACACUGUACAGAUAACACUUAUGUGGGAUUGUCAUACAGGAUUGUAACUUGUAAUAUUUUGCUACUUCAGGAAAAUAUCAACUCUUCUCUACCACUAGUCAAGUUAUGUCCAAUGUUUAGACUAUUAACAUCCUUAGAGACCCGUCCUACCCAGGAAGUCUCUGCCUGAACAUCCACAUGAAUGCCUAGAUCCAAAAACCAUGUUUUUAUUUCAGAUUUUUUCUGUCUGCUAUGAAACGACACUUGUAUUGCUCUCCUUUUUGUUGUUAUUUGUUGUUGCUUUCUCUCGUUGUUGUUGUUGUUGAUCUAUUUUUUGAAGUUUUGUAUAUUGUCGGGUUUUUUAACCUCUCCCGUACUCAUACUUGUUUAAUUUCUGUUUUUUUUCUUUGUAAUUGUGUUUUCUUACAGUGCAAAUAAAUAAAUAAAUGAAUGCCAUGUCAAAACGUUUCCCAGCAGAACAAUG